CCCCGGGUGGAGGAGGAGGAGGAGGAAGGGCCGCUGCCGGCCGCGGGGCUGACAUCAGCCGGAGGAGGGGCCUGCCCGCGAGUUUCUUUGCUCGGUGCAUCACUUCCCGCCGCUGCCAUACUCCGCUGCCCGGUGCCGGGCUGCAGCCGCGCCUGCCUCCGCUGCGGCGGGCGGCUCGGCGGGGCUGGUGCCCAUGGCGAGCCCUCCCGGCGGGGACAGCCCGGGCUCCGCCGCCCGCCGGCUCUACUCGAGGCUAGUUUACCUACUGCUUGUGUCUUUGACUUCCUGGCAGAUUUUCCCUGUCUCGGUGUUCUGAUGUUCCAAAUAGUCACAGCUUUGCUCUUCUUGUCUCCAGAAUGGAGGCAUCCUGCCUGGAGCUGGCCCUGGAAGGAGAGCGCCUGUGCAAGGCUGGGGACUUCAAGGCUGGGGCAGCCUUCUUCGAAGCGGCAGUGCAGGUGGGGACAGAGGACCUGAAGACUCUCAGUGCCAUCUACAGCCAGCUGGGCAAUGCCUACUUCUACCUAAAGGAGUACUCCAAAGCCCUGGAAUACCAUAAACAUGACCUUACCCUGGCCAGAACCAUUGGGGACCGCAUUGGAGAAGCCAAAGCAAGUGGCAACCUUGGGAACACACUGAAAAUACUGGGGCAGUUUGAUGAAGCUGUUGUUUGUUGCCAGAGACACUUGGACAUUUCUCAGGAGCAGGGAGACAAGGUAGGUGAAGCCAGAGCACUCUAUAAUAUAGGAAAUGUUUACCAUGCAAAGGGAAAGCACUUAUCUUGGAACAUGGCCCAAGACCCAGGCUACCUGCCUCAAGAAGUCAAGGAGACUCUACAGAAGGCUUCAGAAUAUUAUGAGAGGAACCUGUCCCUGGUGAAGGAGCUGGGGGACAGAGCUGCCCAGGGCCGUGCUUAUGGCAACCUUGGCAACACCCAGUACUUACUUGGCAACUUCAGUGAAGCUAUAGCCUUCCACAAGGAGCGCCUCGCUAUUGCCAAGGAGUUUGGGGACAAGGCAGCCGAGCGGAGAGCGUACAGCAACCUGGGCAACGCACACAUCUUCCUUGGGAGGUUCGACAUCUCUGCUGAGUACUACAAGAAAACACUCCAGCUCUCCAGACAACUCAAAGACCAAGCAGUAGAAGCCCAGGCAUGCUACAGUCUUGGAAACACAUACACGCUGCUUCAAGACUAUGAAAGAGCCGUCGAGUACCAUCUAAAACACCUGGUGAUAGCACAGGAGCUGGGAGACAGGGUGGGAGAAGGAAGAGCCUGCUGGAGUCUCGGCAAUGCCUAUGUCUCCCUGGGGAGCCAUGAACAGGCGCUGCACUUUGCAAGGAAACAUCUUGAAAUCUCCCAGGAGAUCGGGGACCGGAGCGGUGAGCUGACAGCGCAGGGGAACAUGGCCCAGCUCAGGACAGCCCUCGGCCUGGGCCCUGGGGAGGAAGACACGGGGACAGCUCAUCUCUAUUCUGGCUAUGAAGCACAAGGAGCCAGGCCAAAGAGACUCCAAAGGAACAGCAUGGACAGCUUAGACCUCCUGAAGUUCCCUUCUGAAAAGGACCAGAAUGGGGACAGCCAUCAUGUGGGAGACCUGAAGAUCUCAGGGAAAGAGUUCUUGUUGUUGCCUGCGAGGUCAAAGAAAUACCGGGAGCACCACUGCAGCUCGGAGAGGAAGCCCCCGGGCUCAAGUCCAUCACCACUGGAUGCCAGCGAAGUCCGAGUCCAGGUCUCUCAGUCGAAGAUCAACCGGAGCCCUUCGGAGGAGGAAUGCUUCUUUGACCUGUUGAGCAAGUUCCAGAGCAACCGGAUGGACGACCAGCGCUGCCCGCUGGAGGAAUGCCCAUCGGAGGCUGCAGAGGCCGCGGCCACACCGGUCCCUGCCCUGGGAGAGCGGAUCUCGCAGUCCUCCCUGAUGGCAUCUCCGCAGACGGAGGAGUUCUUUGACCUCAUCGCCAGCUCCCAGAGCCGGCGCCUGGACGACCAACGCGCCAACGUGGGCAACCUGCCGGGCCUGCGGAUAACGCAGAACAACCUGGGGCACCUGCGCGUGGAGGGGGACGCCCAGGAGCCCGGGGACGAGUUCUUCAACAUGCUCAUCAAGUGCCAGUCGGCCAGGAUCGAUGACCAGCGCUGCGCCCCCCCGGACUCCAUCCCCCGCGGACCCACCAUGCCCGAUGAAGACUUCUUCAGCCUGAUCCAGCGCGUGCAGGCCAAGCGCAUGGAUGAGCAGCGCGUGGAUCUGGCCUUGGCACAGGAGGCAGCGGAGGAGCGGCAGCGCUCUGGUUCCAGCUAAGAGCUGGGCCUGGGCUUGGGGGGGCUGCUUUGGUUUCGUUUUGUUUCUCCUAAAGAAGCGUGGGUGGUUUCAAACCCAGGCUCCUGCACGGCCCCAGACUGUCCCGCAGCUGCAGCUCCAGCUCCAGCACUGCCCCG